UGUGGUGUUAGAUGAAACCUUUCCCCUACCCCACACCCUGCCCCCUGUAGCCCUGGUCCCCACCCGUAGAGGACAGCGGAACCCAGAAAAGAAGAGGCCUGUGGACAGAAAAGUCAUGUCUGACUCCCUGGUGGUGUGCGAGGUGGACCCAGAGCUAAAGGAAAAGCUGAGGAAAUUUCGCUUCCGAAAAGAGACGGACAAUGCGGCCAUAAUAAUGAAGGUGGACAAAGACCGACAGAUGGUGGUGCUGGAGGAAGAAUUUCAGAAUAUUUCUCCAGAGGAACUAAAAAUGGAGUUGCCAGAGAGACAGCCCAGGUUCGUGGUCUACAGCUACAAGUACACGCACGCCGAUGGCCGAGUGUCCUACCCCUUGUGUUUCAUCUUCUCCAGCCCUGUGGGCUGCAAGCCUGAACAACAGAUGAUGUACGCAGGAAGCAAGAACAGGCUGGUGCAGACGGCAGAGCUCACAAAGGUGUUUGAAAUCCGCACCACUGAUGACCUCACAGAGGCCUGGCUCCAGGAGAAGUUGUCUUUCUUUCGCUGACCUCUGGGUGGGGGACCUGAACUCAGGCCCCCUAGGACCUGAACAUCUGAGACCUUAAAGAAAUUAAAAUACAAGAACUCAGAGACCCUCA